GGUUUUCCUGUGUGGGGACGGGAGCAGGUAUUGCUCUUCACCCCACACCUCAGUGUCUAUAUCCUUCAAAAUGGUGGUAGCAAAGUCAGAGGCCGGCAAGAAUGCCACCGCCUACUUCCGUACAGCCAGACCCUUGCCCUCGUUGGUCACCAUCCUUACGCUAGGAUAUUUUAUGUGGGUUGUCUUCUGGCCUCAAAGUAUUCCUUAUCAGAGCCUAGGGCCCCUGGGCCUCUUCACUCAGUACUUGGCGGACCACCAUCACACCCUCCUACACAAUGGGUAUUGGCUUGCCUGGCUGAUCCAUGUGGGAGAGUCCUUGUAUGCCAUGGUAUUGUGCAAGUCUAAAGGCAUAACGAACGCUCGGGCUCAACUACUCUGGUUCCUACAGACUUUCCUCUUUGGGAUAGCCUCCCUGUCCAUCUUGAUUGCUUACAAUCCAAAGCAUCCAAAAAAAACUUAACAUAUUCAGAAGCUUUCUCUACAUUUUGACAUCCAAACUCAUCUUUUUGUGGGGUGCUUUGUUUAUUCCAUCUUUCUAUUUUCUGGAAAGUUAAGGCUCUCUAGUUAUUCAUUAUUUCUUAUGCUUUAGUUGAACUUGAGUAGAUCAUAGGAAAAGAUUUUAGCUGUCCUAUUCUGCACACUAACCUAUUUGGCAGAGGGCUUCCAGCUACCUUCUAGAAGUCCUUGGUUAUGUUGGUGCUUUGUCCCUAUCAUCUGGAUUAAGCCCUGUACUAAAUCUGUUUGUUGAUGUACUUUCACUCCCAUCUUCUGACUAAAACACCUUAACAAUCAUCUUAGCUCUCUUUUCCCAAAAUAUUUCCACCUUUCUGGACCAAGGGGGAGUAACCAUGUCCACAAUAUAUCAAUUCCACAAGCAUUUGUUAGCACCAGUGAGGCAAGGUCUUAUCCUCUCAAAUUUUCAUUUCUCACACUACCAAGAAAGAUAAGGAAGAUAAGCAAGUGCCUGGAACCAGGCAGCCUGAGCAGAUACAUAAAGGCAGAAGGACAUGCUGACACCCAUGAGGAGAGAGUUGGACAAUGCCUUCCUUGAUUCUGCCAACCAGAGUGAUUCUUCCCUCCAUAUGGCCCCUUGGACACAGUGCAAGGUCUGAUUGCUACUGCUGGAUUACUCCUUCAAGUCAAGACUACAUCUUAGCUUUAUUUUAUCACCUGCCUCAUUGCCUUGGAAACAGGUGUUUUAUCAGUGUUUAUUGAACAAAAAAGGGAAACUUUGAUUUCACUGUCUAGUAUCAAUCCAAUUUUUAUGUGAAAACUGCAGGACCCAUUUAGUGUAACCUAGUCUCAAGGAAAAGCACAGACGAUCUUUGACUGGUAGUACCAGCUUUCUUUUGGUCCCCUGUUGGGAAACCUGUAUCUUUUUCACGCUUUCCUGUUCUUGGUCCUUUUCUCCAGAUGCUGUAGGUGUCUCCCUUCAGCUCUGGCUUACUCCAACACAAAACAUUCCUGUUCUAGAGAUUCUAGUCCAUGGGUGGUCCAGCUGGUUACCACCUCUUCUACCCAUUCACCUCAUUAAUACUGACUGGUUACAGUACGGCAGUGAUUUUCAACUUUUUUCAUCUCAUGGCACACCAAAAAAUAUAUUUUUUGCUGAUCUACAAAAAACAGGUAUAAUUUUGAAUCAUUCAUACCAGACAGCAUUGUUGUAUUGGCUGUUUUCUUUUUUUGGUAAGAUUUUACUUAUUUAUUUAUUUAUUUAUUUGUAGAGGGGAAGGGAAGGAGAAAGAAAGGCAGAGAAACAUCAAUGUGUGGUUGCCUCUAGUGUGCCCUUCACUGGGUACCUGGCCUGCAGCCCAGGAAUGUUCCUCGACUGGGAAUUAAACCAGCAACCCUUUGGUUCACAGCCUCUCCCUCCCCACUCAAUUAUUUUAUAGCUAUACCAGCCAGGCUAUACCAGCCAGGCUGUUGUCAUUUCUUCAUUUGACAAUCUAAGGGAAAAGAGGUCAGUGCCCCUGGUAAAUAAUCAGGUAUUAUGUUUUUUAAAACUAUUGCUGCAGUCCUGACCAGGAGGUUCAGUUGGUUGGAGCAUUGUCCCAUUCACCAAAGGGUUGUGAGCUCAGUCCCCAGUCAAGGCACCUACAGUAGCCAAUUGAUCAAUGUUUCUCUCACAUUGAUGUUUCUUCCUCUCUCCCACUUAAACUCUGUCUCCAAAAAUCAAUGAACCUAUCCUUGGGUGAGGAUUAAAUUUUUAAAAAAACUCUUGCACACCAGUUGUGCUGCAGCACACCUGUUGAAAAUCGCUGCAGUGGGGCAUGCUAUGUGUUUUAAGCAAACGUUUAUGAGAAACAGCCCUCUUCCCCCAUCCCCCCAAAAAAGUCCCCAUGUAAAAGCACCACCCUGAAAGACUAUGGACAGUGAAUUGUUUCUGAUGGAGAUCAGUUUCUACAAACAUCUUUCCUUCUGUUUCUCUUCUGAUUAGGGGUUGCUUUUUGGUAUGGUAAAAUAUUUUAGAGUUAAACAUAGUGGAAAUUCAACUCACGUUUUUUUGAAAGCAUGGUCCUCUCCAAGGGAAAUACAAUAGUAUUAAUUUUGCUAGAAACAAUAUAGCAGAUUAUUGAAUGAAAUGGAUUUAUUUGAUUAAAUGGUAUGAAUUGUCUCCAAUAAAAUAUUGUUUU